AUGGCUAACACUCCUCUGCUCUUGCUGGUUACUGCACUUCCAGCUCUGACCCUCUCUGCAUCUGUGAAUGAGGGAAUAAUUAAUGGAAGAGAAGCCAAACCUCACUCCAGACCCUACAUGGUCUCAGUGCAGAUCAGUAAGGGACAUAUUUGUGGCGGUUUUCUGGUAUCUAAGUCCUUUGUUAUGACGGCAGCCCACUGCUCUGAAAAUGCACAAAACCUUAAAGUCGUGUUGGGUGCUCAUGAUCUGUCAGCUAAAGACAACCUGGGCCCAGUGACAGUGAAGAAAUAUCACAGACAUCCUAAUUUUGAACCAAAAACCUUCAUGAAUGACAUUAUGCUUUUGGAGCUUGAGAACAAAGUUCAGCUGAGCAAGAGAGUGCAGCUUAUCCCACUUCCAAAGCCCGAUGGACAUGUCAAAGCUGGGACUGUCUGUAGUGUGGCUGGAUGGGGUUACACUAGACCUGAUGGACAUCCUUCUAUGCGCCUACAAGAGGCCAAUCUCACAGUCUUCAAUGAGGCAGAGUGUAAACGCCUCUGGACACAGCAUGAUGGAGAGGGGGAUUCUGGGGGUCCUUUGGUGUGUGGGGAUAAGGCAGUGGGGGUGUCGUCGUUCGGUCAGAAAUGUACAAAUGCUGCCCUGCCAGAAGUUUACACAAACAUAUCAGCCUUUCUGCCUUGGAUUAAUAAAAUCAUUGGAUAA